AUGAAGAUCCAGGAGCAAAUGGCUUCGCUCCAACUCGGGGAGCUCGAAUUCAUGGAAGCUGUAAGUUUCCUCAACCAGCCCAAGAAAGACGCGGCGCCUAAGGAAAUGAUUAUCUCCACGGUCAAGAAGGUUCCAACAUUUACUCCUAAAACAACCUUCUUUUCGCUACCACUGGAGGUACGGCAAAUGAUUUACGAGGAAGUCUAUGAGGGUGAAUGGCCCUCCGACGGUAUACUCGACUGGGCCCAGAUAGGUCUAUACUAUUACAAGGACUACAAGACCUCAUUUCCAAACAUUGGACUCAGUCGAGUGUGCAGACAAAUGUACAGCGAGGUUACUCCGUACAUCUAUAAGAAAGUGAGAAUGGGUCUUCCUCUCGACGACUGGCAUAGAUUCUUCUGCGAUAUUGGCCCUCACAAUAUAUGCCAUAUCCAAGAACUCACGAUCGAGUACAAGUGUUCGUUGUGGGGAGGUGCCUGGGACUGUUGGGGACGGGAUGCAUACAAAGACAACUACAGCAAAUGGGAAGGAAUAUUUCGGAAUCUUUCUCUCGGAAAAAUCAAGCCUAAAAGAGUCACGAUUUAUUUCGACCCUUGCGAAGAAUACUCCACAACAGAAGACGGCACGCCGGUGGACGGUUAUCAAUACCGCCGCUGCCAAGUUUACGAAGACAAGUGGUUCUUCGUCAAGGGUAUCGUUCGGUGCUUUUGGCAAGCCUGGAAGAUAGAACUGCGUGGCAAAUUCAAUCCUCGCUGGGGACAUACCUUACGCAGACGUCUCAAAUUCAUCCUUAAACGUGACGGCGACGAGCGGAUGACACUAUUCAAUCCGGAUUUUAUCCGCCACUCUGUCGACCUAAAGGAUUGUAUCAAAACUUCCAACGGCCUCUAUGAUAUGAUACAGAAGCCAUUGCCUGAGCUAACCUGGUGA